AUGAUCGCUUUAGCAGCUGUCAUUUGUGCAUGUUUACCAAUCUAUAUAUUGAUAAACUAUGGACCAGUAAAUAAUUUACGUCCGUGUAUGGUCACGACAGAUAUUGGCUAUAUCGUUGGAGCUGUAACUACAUAUAUGUUUUUAUUUACAAUUCCUACUCUCUCAAUGGGUAUACUAAGCUGGCUAACUGUGAGACGCUUACGACAAAAUGCCAGAAAAGUUGGACGUGACAAAAUAUGUGUUACUGGGAAAGAUGCUCAACUAAUCGGCAUGCUUACCGCACAAGUGGUACUCUAUUUCAUCACAAAUAUGCCUUUUAUAAGUCUAGUACUCUAUGGAGCAUUCACAGUAAAUGUUUCACAGUCGGUAUAUGAAAUUGCGGUGGUGAAUUUUGCAAAUGCACUCUUUACAAAUUUAUUUUCCUAUUGCUACAAUGCCUGGCCGUUUUUGUUUAUACGCUCACUGCACCAAGUUUUCGCCGCGAGCUACUUGCAAUAUUCACAUCAUCACGCAUGCUACGCCAAACGCUGCCAAACACAAAACAGUCAAAUAGAGAUCAUGCUCUACGUAUUGCACCAAUGGCCAACUGAAACGAACGGCAAUUGA